UCCUGGGAGGCGGCGACGCGCGCGCGGCCCGUCGCCAUUGGGCUGGCCUUGCGGAGGGGGGGUCGGCUCCGCCCGCACUUCUCGGCCUUUCCUGACUGCGGCAGACGGGAGGGGGCCAGAAGAGCCGGGGAGAGAGUGCGGCUGCGCAGUUCCAGAGGCGGCAGUGGGCGUUGCGGUUGCUGCGGUCUGGGCCCAGGGAAGGAUCGUGUUGGGAGCCGAGUUUUAAUUUUGUCUGCAAGGGACCUGGCCUAGUUAAGAGGCACUCUUGGCAGUCUUGUUUAUAACAUCACCGGGAAGUACUAGCCGGACAUGAGUGGCUGUCGAGUAUUCAUCGGGAGGCUAAAUCCAGCGGCCCGGGAGAAAGACGUGGAAAGAUUCUUCAAGGGGUAUGGACGAAUACGAGAUAUUGAUCUGAAAAGAGGCUUUGGUUUUGUGGAGUUUGAGGAUCCCAGGGAUGCAGAUGAUGCCGUAUAUGAACUUGAUGGAAAAGAACUCUGCAGUGAAAGGGUUACAAUUGAACAUGCUAGGGCUCGAUCUCGAGGCGGAAGAGGUAGAGGACGCUACUCAGACCGUUUUAGUAGUCGCAGACCUCGAAAUGAUAGACGAAAUGCUCCACCUGUAAGAACAGAAAAUCGGCUUAUAGUUGAGAAUUUAUCUUCAAGAGUCAGCUGGCAGGAUCUCAAAGAUUUCAUGAGACAAGCUGGGGAAGUAACCUUUGCGGAUGCACAUCGACCUAAAUUAAAUGAAGGGGUAGUUGAGUUUGCCUCUUAUGGUGACUUAAAGAAUGCUAUUGAAAAACUUUCUGGAAAAGAAAUAAAUGGGAGAAAAAUCAAAUUAAUUGAAGGCAGCAAAAGGCACAGUAGGUCACGAAGCAGGUCUCGUUCCCGGACCAGGAGUUCCUCGAGGUCUCGUAGCCGAUCUCGUUCCCGGAGUCGCAAGUCUUACAGCCGGUCCAGGAGCCGGAGCCGGAGCCGGAGCAAGUCCCGUUCUGUUAGUAGGUCUCCUGUGCCUGAGAAGAGCCAGAAACGUGGUUCUUCAAGUAGAUCUAAGUCUCCAGCAUCUGUGGAUCGCCAGAGGUCCAGGUCCAGGUCCCGGUCCCGGUCAAGGUCCAGAUCAGUUGACAGUGGCAAUUAAACUGUAAAUAACUUGCCCUGGGGGCCUUUUU